GGAGAGGACGGUGGUCAGGUUGUAGGCGCUACUGGAUGGAGUUCCCUGCAGGGAUGCAGACCCCACCAGCGCAAGUGGUACCUGCACAGACCACGCAGCCUCAAUGAGCGACCCCGACAUCAGCGAUAGUACCUAUGGCAGCACCUAUGGUGCAACCGAUGGCGCAUCCAGUACCUUACUACCAGCCAGGAUACUAUCCACCUCCCUCAUACGGGUGGCAAGGUGGGUGGAAUCAACCAGGCGCGCCACGACCUCCAUCAGCAAACAAGUUCCCUGAACCUGGGAACCGAGCGUGGUUCACAAAAGAGCAUCUCGAGCUGAUUGAGAAGUGGAAAGCGCGGGAGUCAAGCGAUGGGAGCAAAAACAGUGAGAAGGGCGAAUCAAGCGGAGGCAGUAAUGCGAAGAGUGGAAAGAAAGGGAGACAAAGUACGGAAUCUGAGAACAGUGAGGAGCGAUUGAAGUCAUGGAUCUCUAGCACCUUUGGGACAUCGUUGAAGAAGAUCUCUGAGAAGUUGGACGAGAUUGAGGUGAAAUCCAAGACAAAGAGGAAGACCGAAGUAUCGGAAGACAACGAAGAAGGGAAGAAGGAGUUAGGGAGCAACGAGAAAAGGAAACGAGGAGUGAGUUCCCCUGCACUCAGUAAGGCGAAGGUGAGAUCACGGACUCGAAACACAGGCGGCACGGUGACGGUGCGGCAACCGCGAAUUAGCAUUUCCUCGGAUGACGAAGACUCGAAAGCGAAGAUCCGCUCUAAUUGCCGCAUUGAUGUCAAGCACGAGCAAGCAGUCAAUGGCGAAAAUAAGAAAUUGGAUGAGAUCCUAACUCUGCUAGGAGCAAUAGCGGGGAAAGGAAAAGAGGAGGCGCAAAAGGAAAGAGGCGGACAAGGGGGAGAAAAGAGAGAGAAAGAGAAAGAGAAAGAGAAAGAGAAAGAGAGAGAGGAGAAAGAAAGAGAAAAGGAAAGUGAGAGUGAAAGGAAGGACAAGAAAGGAAAAGGCAAGGCGACAUCAGAUACUGAAGCGAGAAACGACACUAAGGGAUCUGUCACUGGAGACGAGACAGAGGCAAAAAUGAAGGAAGGAGACGUCAUCGAGUACAUGAAAGGGAGGCUUGAUUAUUAUAUGGCGAUGAAUGUUAAAGAAGUGAAGGCAUUAUGCGUGAAGCGUGGCCUGAAGGUCGCGCGGAAAGACAAAUGUGCAUGGGAAAUGACCAAACAAGAUGCGGAGCAGUACACGAAGCUUAUGAACCGCGAAGAUGAAGAUUACUCUGAAGAAUCGGAAGAUGUCGAUCAGGAGAAUGACGAGAGUAGCGAGCAAUCGGUUGACGAAGAUUCCAGUGGCAUCGCGGAAAAUUAGAGUUUCCCUCGAAACGAGCAUGGCAGCGGUUGAUGAGAAAAUGUAGUAGCCUGCUUAUGAGAGCCGAAUUUCG